CUUCCAUUGUCGAUCUCCCAAAGAAAAUGCUUCGGACGGGAACUUUCCCGGCCCUGAAGUUCCCAAGCUGAUAAAGUGGGGGCCCUGCCACACUUUCCCCGAUCCUCUCACCAACCACGAGCCCUCUUGCACCUCCUUCCACCGUGCCAUCGAGCCCUCGGAACCAGAUCAAGUUUCACAGUGUCACAAACUAUUGGCUAAACGCGUCACGCCAACCCCAGAGUCUCACUGGAACCAAGAAAGGAGCCACGAAUUACUCAUGAUUCUCUUACAGCACCUACCUAUCGUCAACUCACCACCAUUGGGGUGCCCACACGAAGAAAUCCGCCUCCCUAGACCAGGGCCGGCCCAUUGUAUAACCAGCUAGCUUUCCCACCAUCGACCACCUUUGUCCCCUUGCCCCCUUUCCUCACCACCGGCCUUGAUUUGACUGAGAACCGUUAGACACCACUGUUAUACCAAAUUGGUGUACCCCAGAAUGCUGUUUACAUUAUGGGCAGCGCUUAGCGCGGCAGUGGCGUAUGCUGUGUUCUCUUAUUUUGCGGCAUGGCGGCGAAAUGUGCUCAUUGCUCGAAAGACGGGACUUAAAUACUUUGUGGUUCGACUAUGGUGGCAGCUUGGAAUCAAGAUUUGGUCACCUAUGAUCAAGAUCCUCCCAAAAUGGAUAUGGGAGUACCGAUUACUGGUUAUGACUCCUGACUGGGCCUAUUCAACUGGUCAGAAAGUCUUCGAGUACCUUGGGACUGACACAUUCCUGACUGUUUCUCCUUAUGACAUCUUGAUGUAUACUCAAGAUGCCGAGGUCAUUCAUAGAAUCACGCAGCGUCGUGAGGCCUUUCCCAAGGACAUUGACAAAUACAGCCUUCUCAGCAUGUUUGGUCACAAUGUUCUCACCACCGAAGCUCAGACCUGGAGGCUACACCGGAAGGUUACGAGUGCCAGUUUCAACGAGAAGAAUGCUGCCCACACCUUUUCCGAGGCCAUCUACCAGACCCGUGGUAUGUUGGACGAGCUCUUUGGUGCGGGCGGAGAGACCAAGGGCACGACCAAGACCAUCACAACACUCGAGCAUGACACCAUGACUUGGGCGCUGAAUGUCAUCGGCUAUGUUGGCUUUGGCCUUCGUUUAUUGUGGCCAAAUCAGAAAAUGCCUGAAGACACCGACCCUAAGCUGGUCAAGUAUGGCAGUCUGGAUCCUCCAGACGGACAUUCCAUCACCUUUGCCAAAUCAGUUGAGCGGACCUUGGACAAGAUUAUCACCAUUCUUGUUUUUCCCGACUUUCUUCUUAAACAUCUACCCUUCAAAUUUGCGAGCUACACUUACGAGGCCAAGGCCAACUAUCUCCAGUACAUGGAUGAAUUCUUGCGCGACAAGGCGAAGGAGGCCCAGGCUGGCGAAUCCACCAAGGAGGGAAUGGACAUCAUGGGACAGCUCGUUCAAUCGAAAUACGGCCUCUCCCCGUCUGAAAAAGCUAAACAGGCCGGUCUUGACGACGCUGAAAUCGUCGGCAAUGCUUUCAUUAUGAUCGUAGCCGGCCAUGAAACAACCGCCAACACACUUCACUUCGCCAUCGCCGAGCUCGCAAUCAACCCUGCCACGCAACGCCGUCUGCAAAAGGAUGUCGAUUCUUUGUUUGGAGACUCUGACCCAUCGACCUGGGACUAUGAAAAGAACAUCAAUGCCAUGACGGCCAGCCACAUUGGUGCCUGCAUCAACGAGACGCUCCGUUUGAUGCCACCGGUCACGCUUAUUCCCAAAGUUGUCUCGGCCAGCUCGGAUCAGACCAUCACAGCUCAGGGGAAGACUCAUGUUUUACCUUCAGGACUUUCGUGUAACCUGAUGGCCGUUAGCGUACAGCGCAACCCGCGAUUUUGGCCCACCAAAUCAUCAGAGAAGACUGGCGCCCCUACGGAUCUUGACGAUUUUCUGCCCGACAGGUGGUACCAAACUCAGAACACAGGAACGGACGAUGAGAAGGACGAGGAAGGCGAUGGGGUGGAUUAUGGCGGCUUUCAGGGGAGUGACACCAGCGCCUCGUUCUAUCGGCCGGUCAGGGGUAGCUACAUUCCCUUCAGUGAUGGACCUCGGUCAUGCUUGGGACGCCGAAUCGCCAUGGUGGAGAUGAAUGCUGUGCUGGCGGUGAUUUUUCAAAAGUAUAGUGUGGAGCUCGCGGUGGACGAGUGGGCGAGCGACGGGGAGGUGGAGAAUAUGGAUGCAGUAGCCAGAAGAGAGCUCUACAAGAAGGCUCAGGCAAAAGCGCAAAAGACACUGAAUGAGGCAACAUCGGUCCUGACGCUCAAGUUACACGGGGGCAAACAUGUGCCCGUGAGGAUAGUGAAGAGAGGGAAAGAGCGGUUUGUCAAUGAUGUUGAGCUGUCAUAG